GAGAGUCCUUAUUGACACGGGGGAGCCAGCUAUUCCUGAGUAUAUUGGCUGUUUGAAGCAGGCACUGGCAGAGUUCAGCUCCUCUAUUCAAGAAAUUUUAGUGACACACUGGCAUCGUGAUCAUACUGGUGGAAUACCCGAUAUCUGCAAAAACAUCCCGAACGAUUCUGAAUAUCGCAUCUCUAAGCUUCCUCGUGUCCCUCAGCGUGAAGAAAUAAUAGAAGGAGGACAUAAAUAUCUUUAUCUUAAAGAGGGAGAUGUGAUACAGACAGAGGGAGCGACACUCAGAGUGUUGUAUACACCUGGACAUACUGAUGAUCAUAUGGUUUUAUAUCUAGAAGAAGAAAAUGCUGUAUUUUCCGGUGACUGUAUUUUAGGGGAAGGAACAACAGUAAUUGAAGACCUGUAUGAUUACAUGAAAACUUUGAAAAGGUUGUUACAAAUGAACCUAGAUUUAAUAUAUCCCGGUCAUGGCCCAGUAGUGCGUGACACGAAUGCUAGAAUCCAAGGCUAUAUUUCUCACCGAAUGGCACGGGAACAACAAAUUCUAAAUGUUUUCCAGAAUAAUGCUGGAAAAUCAUAUACAUCCUCGGAGCUUGUAAAGAUAGUAUACAAGGAGAUCCCUGAAAAUUUACUUCUAGCAGCAGAAAAUAACCUCCUAGUCCACUUGAAGAAGUUGGAAAAAGAAGGAAAAGUGUUACAUGAGGCAUCUCCCAACGUCAGAUGGAAAAACAAUUUAUAAGUUAUGCAAGAUUGUUCAAUAAUAUUUUUAAUCUGCACAGUUGCUGCAUGAAAAAAUAUUAAUUAUGAGCUCAGAUGAUAUGUAAAAUAAAAACUAAUUCUUUUUUUUUUUUUA